AUUAAGAAACAUAUAUUUAACGAAAAGUAAUAAGUGAUGUUGAUGAAUAUUCUUUGAAAGUGAUUUAAAGAGAUAUAUUUCAUGUCAAAAAGAGUUAACGUUCGUAACAACAGUAGCAACAGCAGCAACAAUUAUAAUAUAUCGAAUUAUAAAAAUAAAAAUUAACAGACGCUUGGUCUUGCUUCUUGAUACCAUUCCUCAUAAUUUAAUCAUAAUAUUACUUCUACCAUCCUUACGUUGUUACAAUUUAUGUCUGUAAAUCAACGCACUUAAAAACCAGUAGAAAAUAAAUAAAAAUGAAACCAAUAAUUUAUUUCGACAAUUUACUUAUGUGUGAUGCCAAGUGUGAGCUGCUGUAAAAAAUACGGAGCCAUUUAGUUCUAAAAUAGUUCACAACAUUUACAAAAGGACUUAAUACUCUCUCCCGCGCUCCUGAACAAUCUCAGGUCAACCUUAAAUACAUAGGUUAUUAGCAACUUAUAACCACAGCAAGGAUCAUUGUAAUCAAAAGCAAUUAAUUUUGCUGGGAUCAAAGAUUUAUAAAAGCGGAGGGCGCUUAUCGAAAAUGGCGCCUCGGAUAUAGCUGUAAUCCAAAGCUAACCCGCGACAUCCAUGUGCCUCAUGCCUUGGAAAUCUGAGGCUCUCACUGCUGGCCGUAUAGACAAUGACAGAAGAUUCCGACUCGAUAUCUGAGGAAGAACGUAGCUUGUUCCGUCCCUUCACCCGCGAAUCGUUGAUUCAAAUUGAAAAACGCAUAGCCGCUGAAUAUGAAAAACAAAAGGAGUUUGAAAGAAAAAGAGCCGAGGGCGAGGUGCCGCAAUAUGGUCGCAAGAAAAAACAAAAAGAAAUCCGAUAUGAUGACGAGGAUGAGGAUGAAGGUCCACAACCGGAUCCUACACUUGAACAGGGCGUGCCAAUACCUGUUCGAUUGCAGGGCAGCUUCCCUCCGRAAYUGGCCUCCACUCCUCUCGAGGAUAUUGAUCCUUUUUAUAACAAUGUACUGACCUUUGUAGUUGUAAGUAAGGGAAAAGAUAUUUUUCGCUUUUCUGCAUCCAAAGCAAUGUGGUUGCUGGACCCGUUCAAUCCCAUACGUCGCGUAGCUAUUUAUAUUUUAGUGCAUCCGUUGUUUUCGUUAUUUAUWAUUACAACUAUUCUGGUUAACUGCAUUCUGAUGAUCAUGCCUACAACGCCAACAGUCGAAUCCACUGA